AUGAAGGCGUUCGACGACCAACGCCCCAGCAUGAUGGCCGUAAGUGGAGGGGCCACAACUCCACUCUUCUCAGACCUGAUGUGCAGCAGACUGAAGAUGCUCUGCUCCAGACCGGACCUCUAUAACCCCACAUCUCCGUUUAGCGUUCACCAUCUCCCACCACCACCACCACCACCACCCAGCAAAACAAUUGAGGAUGGGACAGAAUGCGUCGUUGGUAGCGCUGGUCCAACCUCUAUACACCCUCUCCGACAGCCUGAUUUUUCUGGCGGCUGUCUUGAUUUAGAUACUAGAACCUUUAGUGGAGCAGACUUUACCACCUUCACCGCUCCUCGGCGAAAUGCUAACGUCAAUCACAUUAACUUCUUACCUAUGUGGGAUUCAACAGACGUGUCAGAUACUCUCAGACAAAGGCUUAACAGUCUCCAGAGCAUGUCGACGUUUUCGUAUCUAGGUCACCAGGGCGCCAAAUCAGACGCUGCUAUAUUUAGUGAUUGUCCUCGAGUCGUGGCGUCAUAUCCGGAUCCGCUGGCGGUGAGGUGUAAGCUGGGACGUCAGGACAUCGAUCUAGCCCCGGUCUCGCCAAAGCUGCAACACUGGGAUGUGGCUGGGAAAGCUGGCGAGUAUAACAAAGAGUCGAAGCCGGGCCCCUACACUGACGUCAUCGGGUUUCCGGGUGCAAGGGCUGACGGGACGAGGCAGGUGCUACUGGGGAAAAUUGACGGGAAGAAGAAACGUCGUCACAGGUGAGAUAGACGGGAAAGGUCUACACCAGUAUCCUCCGAUAAAACACUUUUUUUGAGUUUGUCUGGAAAUGCUG